GUGCAGGCAUAUCAAUAACAAAAUCUUAACAGGUGAAAUAAGAAUUUCAAGUCAUUCAUCAUUCUCAUCCUCGUCACCAGCCUCGCCAUCAGCAGAAGAGGAGGGGAAAGGAGUGGUGCUUUAUUGUUUGAGUUGAAAAUGGUGAUAUCACCUCUCGGGUUUCUGGUUAGUGUGGGGGAAUUUUCAUGGACUCCUCCUACCCACGAGGAAGCUUUAUUUAUGACAAACAUUCAUUCCUACUUCAGACCAACCCAACAGUUCAUCUGUCUGAGGAUCAACACCAGAAAGUUUAAUCAUCGAGAGGCUCUUAAAGUAGAACUGCAUUUAGACAACCAAGACACGAUGUCAACGUCAGAUGGGUUUCCAGCCAGUUUCUAUGGUGAACCAGGAGUGUUGGGCAUGUUAUCGAAUGGGAUCAGUGCGUUCCUCGUACUUCUGCAGAACUUCAAUACAGCACAUACUGGCAGUGCUCCAGUAGGAGUGGAAAACAUCCUUGCUGGUGUCCAUCUCAUUCUUAUUGGUGGUAUAUGCCAGUUGGUGGCCGGAAUGGUUUCCUUCAGAAAAAAUGAUCACCUCAGUGGCACUGCCUUCAUCGGGUAUGCUGCUCUCUGGGGCAGUUAUGGUGCAACUCGAAUCUACUUUGGUGCUUUGGCAGAAACUCCUACAACAGCAUCUAUAUCACAUCAAAUCAUGAACAAUCUGUCCACUAACAUAAUGAGCAACAUAACGCCGAAUGCCACCACAGAUGGCCCUGUGUGCCAUUUAUGCCUGUCCAUAGAAGAGUCAGCCAUCGCUGGUCUGGUCCCUUAUAUCCUUCUGUCCUUCCUCCUAGCCUUCUGCUCUGCCACCGUCAACUACAUCAUGCCUUUUGUUUUUGGGGCCAUCACAUUCACCUUAGUUUUUGAAGCAGUAGGUCUAGUUGCAAGCUCCUGGGCUCUCGUGGUGUCUGGGGUUCUCGAGUUGCUCAUUCUAAUUUUUGCGAUCUACGGUUCGGCUGCACUGCUCAUCAAAGGUCUGACUCAGCGUCUUGUCCUCAAAGGCUUUGGUACCCCUCUCUUUAACGUUCUCCUGCUAGGGACCGCCAACUCAGCAAGCGCCCAGAGCAUUGGCCAAGAGAAGAAGAAAAACACAAAAUACGCAGAACCCAUGGCCUUGGGAUUCUUCUGUGACACUGUUGCCCCCUUCAUCUUUGCCUUCUACAGCUUUGGGUAUGUUAAGUCCUUUGGCUUAGGAGCUGCAUGGGUCUCAAUCAUCUCAGUGGCCCAGCUGUUCUCAAGCUACUACGCCCAUCUGCGACAAGAUUGCUACCACACAACUAAGUUUGGUCUUCAUGCUACAUAUUGGCUGAUCAAGGCUUGGGAUGAGUUUGUAGCAUCUGUUCUGACUACAGAGGAGGGUCAAAUUAUGUCAGGGAGGGAAGCAAUGGUGGGGAACUGGUUCUUCGUGGUGGCAGGCUUGGUUCUCUGUGUUGGAAGCCUGAACAUGGAUGUCCUGGAACUGAUCCACAACAUGCUGUUUGUCCUGCUCACAGUCUCAACAAUACCCCAGAUACCUCUCCAGGCGUACUACAUUUUCUUCGGUGUAGCUUGCUCCCUCUUCACCGCGAUCUCCCUGUAUGGUACCUUCGCACGUCUCAUUAACACGAUAGCAGAGAAGUCUCUCAUCCCUGUAGGCCCACAGCCAAUCUCCACUGAACGGCUACGGCAAGCUUUCAAGCACCGAAGCCAUAGACAAGGAAGACAGGAGGCUUCAGAUGCCCUGUUUUACAUGUCAAAUGGGGUUGCAGCUCUCUCAGCUCUCCAUGCGAGUGUGUCAAGUUCAAAUCGGUCCUUCCUCAAUCUGACUGUCCCCUGGGUCCUCAUCUCUGGAGCCGUCAUCCAGGCCUAUGUCAGCCGGCUGCAAGUCACGGGAGGUGGCCGUUUUGGAUCCGUCAUCUCGUCCAUCUAUGUAGCAGUGUGGGCAACCUGGACCUGGUUUAGGUUUGCAGGUUACCUGCUACAACUUUCAACAGAAGCAUCUUAUGGUUUUACAGCAGGAGCAAUUGCUUUCCUGGUCAUUAACACUUUCCUCAUGCUGAUAGCUGCCUACAGGAACCUGGUUCUGCUUUUUCUAACAACAAUCAUGGAGGUUGUUCUGGUCUGUUUCCUGCUGUCCACUCUGCAGCGACUGCCAUACCAACUAGAAAUGGCCAUGCUUGCGCUGGUUUCAAUAAUUUGUGUAUAUGGAGCUCUGGCAUCACUGAUGAACUGCAUCUUCUCACAGAGUAUGCUGCCUAUGGGACCUCCCUUAUUGAAGGAGAAAGUGAAGCAGGACACCUCUCCAGAGCUGCCGUGUCCUGUUGCUAAUUCACAACUCACCAGUGGUCUCCUGAAGAUCGCUGGCCUUCUGGAGGAAGGCGGAGUAUGUGGUAUUCCUACAGACACAGUCUACGCCCUGGCCGCCUCCUGCAAGAAUCCUCAGGCGAUAGAGAAAAUCUACAACAUUAAAGACAGACCAGCAGAGAAGCCCAUCUGCAUCUGCAUCUCUAGCGUGGAGCAGCUGGUAGCAGUCAAGCCUCCCUUCAGUCCUCUGCUCUGGGAGUUUAUGAGGAACGUGUAUCCUGGAGGAAUCAGUUGCAUCGUCACCAAAGGCGACUGGCUGUACAGACUGGGAGUGGGACCAGCUUAUGACCGUGUUGGUACCCAGGACAGCAUCAUGAUCCGCGUCCCAGACCACACCCCGACUUGCCACCUGUGUGACAUCACUGGACCCCUUGCCAUUACCUCAGCCAAUCCCAGUGGAGAGGCGGACAGCACCCACCACAGCAUGGUCAUUGAUCGACUUGGACACAAGAUUCAAGGAGUUCUGUGUGAUGGGGUCUCUAAUGAAGUUGUUGCUUCUACUGUGGUCAACUGCCUGAAUAUAGAUGAAGGGACCAUCACCAUCCUGAGGGAAGGCUGUGUCCCUGCAGUAAAAGUCAGACAAAUCUUUGAAAGAGUAAAAUCCAUGAUGGUGUGAACAUCACACACCUCAUUUCUCUCUUGGCCGAGAGCCUCCUCAUACCUGGUUCCCCACAAGAUCUGCAAUUUCAGCUCCACAGCGUCCAGUCAACAAUCUCAGGGAAAAUGAAGAAGAGCUUGAAUGGAUGUGUCGACAAAAAACACACUACUCAUUUGUAGUUUACAACACCAAUUAUGAGCACUAAACAUUCUCGUCAAAGAAUUUAUGUCACAUGAAGAAUCUCAGCUGGCAUACGAUGACUUUAGGAAGAUGACGUCUCUUAGCUUUAUAAUUCUGGCAAGAACUGUAAGAACUUUGGUGUUUAUGUUUGAAUAAGAUAAUGCUUUUUUUUCAAUGACUGUUGUAUGUUAUAAUUCUGUAAAUAUGUAUUCAUGAGAAACAGAAAAUAUAUUAUAUGUUAGUGUGUAUAUUUAAGCUCUUUGUGUGCUCUUGUACUGAGUACUUAAAAGUGAAUUUAACUGAUGUGUAAAAUUGUCCUGAAGUGAAAUAAAAAUGUCAUAAAGUAA